GUGGUAGUUCAGCGGUGGACAUGCCGAUUUACCAGCCCGUUGACUAGAUCCCCGUCACAAUCCCCUCCAUUGAAUGAACACUCUUAGCCAUCAUUGGGUACCUCAAAAGUAAAAGGAAAAGACAAGCGGAUCGCGCAGUACAUGAUGAAGGAGGGAAGUGCGCUGUUUUCCGGAAAAGCUGCUAUUCGACAUUCUGGCUUCGAUAAACCAGAGUCAACUUCCAACUCCAACUCAUGCAACGACUGGGCUUUGCCAACCGUGCUGUUAAGUUUUGGGGUUUGAAAGAGAAUCGCGAGCAAUUCGAGCCGGGCCCUCUGAGAAACUCCACGAAACUCGAUCUCGAUCGAGUAGAGCUCGAAAAAGCCUUCGAAGAUAUCCUCACUCGUUACGCGGGCAAUAUUCGUUCAAUAUGGCCAGACGUGGACGAUAAACAAGGCCUGUUCUACGACAUGUUCGGAAUCCGAACGGUUAACGCUCACGACCGGGCACGAAGAACACGGUCAGCCGGAAAAGGUCUGCAAGGUCUCCAUCGACUUAGCCCCCGGUGCUAUCCCGUUUGGCAAAGGCCGUGCAGAUGUUCGUGUGGAUGAAGUUCGAUUCUGCCUCGUCGGUGCAUCAGUCGAG